AUGCUAGGUACCGAUCAAGAACAAUCUCUCACUCGGCCUAAACUCUAUGAUUUGGAUCCCGAUACGUUGGAAUUGGUGUUGAGCUAUUGUACAGGAGCAAGCGAAAUUGAAUCUCUCAAAUAUUCGUGCAGAAAUUUAUUUCUAAUAUUGUCGGGUGGUUGGGAUACGUUGGACAGUAAAGUCAUGACCACCCAUGAAGAAAAUACCAUCACAAUGAUGUAUUCAUACAAAAGAAUCCAUGAGAAGAUGGAAAAUUUAUAUUUACCAAGAGUUUACAUGCAUGUUGCUUUUGGAACUGUGGAUGAUACUCAAAGUAUGAUCGAUAACGACGAAGAAGAGCUAGAGAAUCCCUCGAUCUUGCUUGAACAAUUCAUGGAAUUGUUUGGAGUGCAUAAUUGCAAAAAAAUUGGAGAGUAUGAAGUUGAGGUUGUUAUUGAUUGGGAACAGUCGGAAGCUCUUAUGGUGUCCUUGGAUAAUAUUUAUGAAUCCACACAGCACGACUCAAAGGAUGAAAACGUCUCACAGCUCAAUGGAGAAGAAUUGAAUAAGGAGCCGAUCAACAUGCAGUAUUAUGCAACAACGGAAGAGGAGAGACAACAACUGAUGAGACAGCAUGUCACCAUCAAUGACAGGUUGAAACUAUGGCGCAAUCAACAUCCUGCAUUUAUUAACACCAAGAAGAUGGCUGUGAAUCCAUUCAGGGUAUUUAAAAAGUUUAUUCUGCACAUCAAUAUCACUGGAGAACGUGAAUCUACGAGAGGAAUUCCAAGAGAGUCCAUUAUUCGCUUGACAAACAGGACCUAUUACUAUACGUUUUACAAAAUAAUGGAUCCAUACAUUAUUGACCUACGACUUGGACAUGUAAUUGAAGAUUGGGGCCAAAAAUUUAGCUUUCGAAAGCUAAACCUUUGGGAAGAUGACUCUUCUGUAGAGGCCAAGCUCAGCAACAUACCAAAAAUUUGUCUAUAUGUCUUCUUUUAUUUUCGAUUAAUACCGAUUAUGGAAAAGUAUGAAAUUCCUUUGAAAUCAGUCUAUGGCCACUCGGAAAUGAAUUACCUUAAUGGACUCCUGAAACAAGUUGACGACAUUCCAAAAAUCUACAAAUAUUUCACUCUUCACCACAAUAUUAUUUGCAGAUAUCGAAGACAGGUUAUGAAUAAGAAAAUUGCUUUACCACCUAUCAAGAACAGUAAUUAUGAAAAAAAAGCAAUUGGCCCGCUUGCCAUGAUUGAAUAUUUUAAUUUAAUCUCUUUCGAUACCAUGAACGACAAAGAGAGAAUACCAUUUGUUCGUCUAGCCCUUCAACACAUUUAUCAUUCCGAACUUUUAAUAUCUGAAGAGUGGCGAGAGAAGUAUUUCACGCAAUUUGGAAUUGGCAAAGAUGAUGCAAUACAAAUCGAGCGAACAUGUACAGAGAAUGAUCAAGUAUUGACAUUUACAUUUCAAACUCUAGAAUUUGAUCGAACCACUGCCAAAAUGAAACACAAUAUAUUCACUCUUCCCAUGUAUCCACACAUGAGCGUCUCCAAUAUGACUCACACUCGACCAAGUGAUAAGCGAUUAUUUCAUGUUACUGCAGGAAUUGGCACCUUGGACAAGUGCUGUGUUGAAAAAUGUUGUGCUGUGCCUUAUUUAAGUCUAUGUAACUGUUACGGUAUUUGUUGUUGUUGGUGCAUGACUUCAUGUUGCUGCUAUAAGGUUAACAAAUCUAUUGGAACUGCUCUAAGAUCAUGUGGUUUUCCGUCUUGGGUGGCCUCUGUAGCGGAUUUGUGUUGCUGUGUGAAUCACCGAUUUCUUCCAGCACUUGAUCUUGCAUUCUUUUUUGAUGUUUAUUCUCUCAUUAAUUGCAGUCAGCCGUCAUCGGGACAGUAUUUCGAACGGUACUCCAAGUGGGAAGAAUAUGAUCACUUUUAA